AUGAAACAGCAGCAGCAGCACCCACAGAGGCACCCACAGAGGCACCCACAGACGCUCAGGGCUGUAGCAGACAUGUCGGCGGCUGCUUCGGGCACCAGUAGAGCGGCUCAAGGCUCUGAUGUGGCCCAGAAGAAGCGCAGGGGACCGGGCGCAUUGGCCACGGCUUAUCUGGUCAUUUACAACGUGGUGAUGACAGCGGGGUGA